ACUUCACGAAGCUCAUACCAGACCACCAGGCGCACCAGCAGCCCCCAGUCUCUGCUGACUCAGUGCCUUACCAGCAGUCCCUCCACCCCGAGAUACAGCAUCCAACAACCGACGCACACUCCUCCGGUCAACCCACCCCGGCACCACCGUACAGAAAUGGCUAAGACCGCAAUCGCUUACAAAGAGAAGAUGAAGGAGAUCUCAGUUCUCUCGCUCAUCUGCUCCUGUCUGUACCCUGAGAGCCGCAAAAACAUCAUGGGUGACUUUGAAGACAUGGACAUAAAGCCCAUUAACAAGCGAGCCUCAGGCCAGGCCUUUGAGGUCAUCCUGAAGCCGUCCUCCCCUGUGUCUGAUGUUAACCACUGCAUCACCAGCCCCCCAAAAAGGGACAUUUCCCUGGAGGACAUCCAGAAGAAACUGGAGGCAGCUGAGGAGCGGAGGAGAUCCCAGGAGGCACAGGUACUUCGGGCCCUGGCCGAGAAGCGAGAGCACGAGCGUGACGUGCUGCUGAAGGCCAUGGAAGAGAACAGCAACUUCAGCCGCAUGGCUGAGGAGAAGCUCCAGGUGAAGAUGGAGCAGAUCGAGGAGAACCGAAUGGCAUACCUGGCUGCCAUGAUGGAGCGCCUGCAGGAGAAGGAGAGGCAUGCUCAGGAGGUGCGCAGGAACAAGGGAAUAAGAGAAGAGUUGGCAGCGUGAGAAGCCCCCGACAGGUUCUACGUCACACCUGAAAACCCUUCAUCACCACCCUCAACCCUGAGGAACACCCCUCCUCCCCCCACCGCCACCUUAGCCCACAUUCCCACACCUCUCCGCCUCCUACCCCUAGCCCCACCCCUCCUCCUCCCCGCCACAUUCUCCCCGUACUACUAUGAAAUUACCACAGCCUGAGACACCACCCCGAGACAGUGGGAGGUUCAAAUGGGGUUGGGGGUGGAAAACAAAAGAAAAAAAGCAAAAAUGAUUAAAAAAAAAAAGAAAAUUAAUGUCUCCCACCCACUCUUCCCAAAAAAAGAAUGUUUUUGCUCCUGUUUCAAAUGAGAAGAAAAGAAAAAAAUCAAAUUGACAAGACGACAGUGGGUAAUGGUUUUUGUAAAUACUUCUUUUUUUGUUAUAUACAGUACGAUACAAGCAGCAAAAGUAUUGAUUGCAGUGUGCCAUUUUUAUAUAUAAGUUUCCUCUCCCUGCAUAUAUAUGGAUGUAAUAAUUUGUUAAUUUUUUUUUGUUUGUUCAUUUCAGCCUGAGAAUCUUUUUUUCCUUUUUAUUUUUCUCUUGUGUGGUAACAGGCUUAGGUGUUUGUUGUGAGUUUGCCAGCUAGCUGAUGUUUGCUGCGACCGGUUGCGUCCUCACAAGGCCCCGCAUCCUGGCUCCGCUCCCUCUCGCCCCCCUUUACUCAUUUGACCCCCCUCAGAUCUGGAAGCAGAAAAAAAAAUUGGAUCUGUGUUCGGUCGGAGUGAUUUUCCAUCCGUUUUAUGCCAAUGCUCCAAUUAGCAAGGGACAUGUGCAGGAAAGUUGGCAGAAGGAAAGGGGACAGUUUGCUUUUCUGUGGGGACUGCAAGCCGUCGCCGCACAUCCACUCCUGUGAGGUAGAUGGUGACUGUGCCACAGGAGAACACGAUAGCAUUUAAUGAGCCCAUCUCCAUCCUCCUUCCCUCCGUCUGCAGCCUCUUCAUCUUUCCACAUACACUAUACAUACUGUAGAAGCACUCACUCACACGCUCUCCACAUGGGCAGGCAUUAAGCCAAUCACAGCACAGAGCUCAGGAGGAGCUCUGCUAAACUCUGUCCAUCUGGCACCGGAAAAGCUCAAAUAACAUCCCUGACCAAUGGCGGGCCUCUUAAUAUUCCUAAGAAACAAGCUUCCAAUCACAUUUCAAUCACGUGUUACUGCAAUAUACAACACAACUGAGGUUAUAGUGCAUCCGAAGAGCAAAAAAAAAACCUUCACCUGAGAUCAGAUUGUUACUGUGAAUCUUACAUUGGAGAAAAUACAAAUACGUUCCACCUUUCUCCAUUUCAUAGAGGCUAGAGUAGUGCUCGAACAUCAUCAGCGCCUACUGGAAUCAUUGCACUUCACUCCAAGACACUGUAAAUGCCACAGAAAGGCUGGCACAAGAAAGAUAUUUAAGCCAUAACAGGUAUCACUGCAACAACGAUUCAUGAACACAGUAUUUCCAUCUGUAAAGGUGUAUAGAGUGUAUUAAAGUAUCCGAGUAGUUUGUAACCAGGGGUGUUGAAGCCUGAGGUUGAACCCUGUUGGUCACACAUGCACCUUAGGCCCAUAGGUGUGUGUGAGUGUGUGUGUGUGUGUAUUUCAGAAAGGACGGAUAGAUAAACGAAUGUUUGUGCCAUGUGAUAAUUGAUCUGGUCGAGUAUAAACCAACACCAUCACAAUGUGUAACAACUGUUCACCACAGACAGUGACUAUCCUACCUGCCUCUCUCUCUCUCUCUCUCUCUCCUCUCUCUCUCUCUCUCUCUCUCUCUCUCUCUCUCUCUCUCUCUCUCUCCUCUGUCCAUUUGUGUGUUUCCCCCUCUCCACAUAUAUCUUUGUGAGCAAGCAGUGGUUAAUAAAGAUUUGGGGUUCAGUGAAUGAAA